CAUUCCAAUCGAUAUCAUUUUGUGGGUUCAACCGAUCGGCAACGCACCUUUCUCUUCUUUCUUCGCCAAAAUCAUGUUCAAAUUGUGCAGCGUUUUUGUGACACUGCUCCUAGUACAGACAGCCUGGUGUUCUACGUCUCACGAUAAAAAUAUUAGAGCUCUUCAACAAGUUCUGGCCAAUUCAGUGACGUACUAUGACCCGAAUACCGGAACUGAGCUAAACGAAGAGAUAAUCGAUUUAAAACUAAAUAAUUCGAUUGUUACAAAGAUAUAUCGACGUUCGCUAUGCCACUGUAAGAAGAACAGUUGUAACUGUUGCGUCGGUAUUCGUUUCGUUGGUUUUAAUGGCCCAGUGUGUAUUAGGAUUAUAAUCAAUACAGACAGUAAAGCUAUCAUAACCGCAAACGGAGACCCAAUAUUAACGCAUCGCUUUAGAACGCAUCCACGCCCGAUAUGUGUUGGUCUUUCCAACCUUAUAAAUAUUUGCGGUCAAUUCGACUUUUAUUAUAUUAAUAACCAUUUGCGAUCUUGUACGAGCAUCGAUCUUCAGUUUCUCUUCCUUCGAUUUUCGGGAUUCCGAUUUCCAUGCGUUCAAAUUGGCAAUGACGGGAUCUCUAUUGCUAGUCUCGGACUGUUACCGAAUCAGAUUAGCACGGAGUCAGAGGAUCAAGUAACCAACCCGGAAAUAUACGACGAAGUAGAUUUCGAACAGCAGGAUCUGGAAGUUCAUGACAAUCAGAUGUCAAUGUUGACUCCCGAGCAAGAGGCACAAAUUGGACAAUUAAAAUUGCGAUCACUAAGAACGAAUUAAUAUCUGCGUAAAAUGACAUAGUUAUUAUUAACUAAAAAGUAGCGGUAAUUUUAUUCGUUAAUUUAAAGAUUAAUUCCUAGUACCUAUUGUUAUUAUUGUUAUACCUAUUGUUAUUAUGUACCUUAUUAUUGUAACGUAAUGUAUAAUAAUGUUGGACCACGUCUCUAUGGUCAUACCUGUUAUCGUUUCUUACUAUUUGUACCGAGACAGUAUAUCGAAUAAAAUGCGAAUAUUUCCAAGUACCCAAAAAUCACCAAACAUCUCAUCAAAGCCUGCUUUAGACUGAAUUUAGAAUUAGCGACAGAACUCAAAGCUAAUUUACGCGUUAGCUGUGUUACAUCAGGUGACUCUUUACGUAACC